GCGGCGCCGGUCGGCGGCAGCAGCUGCGCACCUCUGACGGCGAGGAGCUGGGUGAGGACGAGAUGCCGGAGGACCUGUACGGGGGGCCGGGGGCGGAGGACGACCUGAGGCCGGAGAAGCCGGAGGAGGCCGAGGACUGGGAGCACGAGUUCGCCCCGGAUGAUGACGACCAGGACCAGGGGGCGGACGAGGUGUACGAGGACGACCCGGGUCUGCGCAAGCGUCUGGGUAUCGAGGUGGACGAGGAGGAGGAGGGCGAGGAGGCGGACGAGCAGGCGCGCAAGCUGCAGAAGCUGGGCAACCCGGAUGAGGACUCGGAUGCGGAGGAGCAGAAGAAAAAGGAGGAAAAGGAAAAGGCCGAGAAGGACAGGGCGGCGGCGGCAGCGGCGCAGGCGGCGGCUGGGGGUGGCGGCGAGGACGAGGGCGGCGAGGAGGACGAGGAGGAGGAUGAGGACCUUGAUGACCUAGAUGAGGAGAUGGAGGAGGAGGUGGUGGUGAAGCCACCCCCGCAGCAGCCCCGGGCAGCCUCCGCACAGCCGCCCGCACCGCCCCGACCCGCCGCCGCUACUGCUGCUGCUGGGGCUGCUGGGGCUGCUGGGGCUGGUGGUGCGAAGCGGAAGGGGUCGGAGGAGCCGCGGACUGCGCAGGAGGUCCCCCAGCAGGGAGUCAAGCGAGCCCGCACCGCCACCCCGCCUCCCACCCAAACCGCCGCCGCAUCUGCACCUGCAGUCAAGCCGCAGCAGCCAGCAGCGGCAGGGGCGGCUGGGGCGCAGCAGCAGCCGGCGAAGCGCCCCGCGGCGGCUGCAGGGGCGGCUGCAGGUGGUUCCGGAGCCGCCCCCGCUGGUCCGCCCCCCACUGCGGAGGAGGUGGUUGAGCUGCUCAGGAGGCAACCAAACGGAGCCAUGCCCUUUGAUGACUUCCAGCGCCACUUCAUCCGCCGAAUUAACACCCCGCAGCUGCGCAACGAGUUCAAGCAGCUGGGCAUCCAGCUGUGCCGCAGCUUCAGAGACGAACAAAACAGGCUGUGCGUCACACUCAAGGAGAAGAAGUAGGCAGCAGCAGCAAUUACGGUAGCAGCAGCAGCAGCAACAUACCGGUAUUCGGCAAGGGGUUGGGUUUUCUGUUGUGUGAUGAUUCUGAGCGCGAGCGUAAGCGGUGGCCAUGUUGACCCUGAGCGCGAAUGAGUUGUAGACGGUGGCAUAUGCCACAUGAAGGGCGCACUGGAAGGGCUUGGAAAGAUGGAAUGGGGAGGCGACA